AUGAAGCCCACCAGCUGCGCGACCACCGGCGCGCUCCGGGCGCUCACCGCGGCGCCGAGGCAAGCGGCGCGCUUCUCCACCACCGCAGCGGUGUCGGGACCAUCAUACACGCAGCAGCCUGGCGAGUCAAAGGCUGCCGCCUGGUCGCGCAACAUGGACGAGGUGCGCGACUGGCGCCGCCGCCAGGCCGAGACCGACGCCCAAGUCUCCCUUUACCUUCCUCCAGGCGUUGAGACGCCGCGCUCGGUAUCCCCGCGCGAGGCCUCCAUCUCGACCCUGCUUGCUGCCGGUGCUGCUCUGGGGCACAAGAAGAGCAUCAUGCACCCGGCGUACCUGCCGUUUGUGUAUGGUAACCGGGCUGGCCUCAACAUUAUCGACCUGGACCAGACGCUCUCCAUCCUGCGCCGCUGUGCGAGUGUUGUGCGUGACGUCGUCAAGGACGAUGGUGUCGUGCUCUUUGUGAGCAAGCAGCGGAAUGCUACGCUCAAGAUCAAGGGAAGGAUGGGCGAUAAUGGGUUUGUGACGGCUUCGUGGAUGCCCGGUCUGCUCACCAACUCGGAGACUUACUUCGGCAUGGAGCCCAUCAUGAAGGGCACGUACCUUCCCGACCUGGUCAUCUUCUCCUCCCCCGCCAACAACAUUGGCGCGAUCCGCGAGUGCACGAUGCGCAAGGUGCCAACCAUGGGCAUUGUCGACUCGAACAUGGACCCGCGUAUUGUCACGUACGCGAUUCCGGCCAACGCCGCGUCGGUGCGCACGGCCGAGCUGGUGCUCGGUACGCUCUCGCUUGCUGGGCAGGAGGGCCGCCGCCUGCGGGUGCGCGACGAGGAGAAGGCGUCGUUGCGCAAGUCGCGCGACUCGGAGUGGCGCCGCAACCUCAGGACCAACCAGAGGGACGAGGAGGAGCAGUAG